AUGACUUGUUAUCGCGACCGUUGGGAGUUGCAUCACCAUCUCGCUCUACCCCCUCCUGUCGGAAAGUAUUGCCCCUCACAACUGAAACCAUGGCUUGAAUGUUCAGCUCAGCAGCAAGAAAUUUACACUUCUGUGUACAACUAUUUGCAUCCAACCGAGGAUGCCAAAGUGCAAUUAUUCACCCCGUUGCUUGUGAUUGAAGAGGACGCAAGACGAUUCGGGUAUCCAGCAAUGAACAGCGAGCAAGAUCUCGCGCACUACGAGCGAGUCGCCGUGGAAAGCCAAGUUCGCGAUAUUAUUGAGCAAUUAUGUAAAAUCGACGCUGCUCGAGAGGAGUUUAGACUUGGAGAUGGGAUUAUAUUUGAGAAUCAUGCAAAUUCACUCGAUGCGGAUAAUGGCAACGAAACGAGUGCAAUUCAACCAUCGAAGAUAGAACGCCCAAAAGCCGAUUCGUUUUUUAUCCAUCGAGUCGAUGGUAACACUCGCGCCCUCAUCGCUACAGUCGAAUACAAGCCGCCUCAUAAGCUUUCCGUGGAAGCUCUUCGUCUAGGGCUCAGAGAGAUGUAUCUGUACAAAGAUAUCGUCAGAUCAAACAAAAUUCCCACGGACGAGGAAACAAAGUUAAGGUACGAUGCAGAACGCCUCGUUUGCUCCGCUAUUGUUCAGGAAUAUCAUGUGAUGAUCCAGGAGGGCCUCGAGUACUCCUAUGUGACCACUGGGAUUGCCCGUGUUCUUCUCCGUGUGCCCCUUGAUGGCCCUAGCACCCUUUACUAUCACCUUUGUGAUCCCAAUUUAGAAGUGGACCUAGAAGCUGAGAAUAGGUUCCAAAAACCAAAGACUUCUACCGCCAGAGUGCUAUGUCUGUGCUUAAUGGCAUUCCGUUCACCUAUACGUGACCAUGAAUGGAGAAAUCGUGUCCGCCAAAAUCUUAAAAUCUGGGACUCUAGCUUUAGCCGUACCCGCCCCCAGGAAUCACAGGCUCAUCCCAACUCCGAUAAUACAUAUCUAGAGUAUACGAGUCUAGAGUCUGGUUCUGCUUAUGAACCCCCCUCAUCUCCGCCGGUAUCCCCGCCGUCGGCCCCAGAAGGGGGCCGUCGAGUGCCUGUCAGAUCCGGAGGAACCUGUGCGCCUACGAAUGACCGACACCGCAAGCAGUCGCCAGACUCGUCAGGCUCCGACUCAAACCAAGCAAUGGGACGUAAACGGGGCUUCAGCCAAGUCACAUCUUCCCUAUCCACCCAACGAGCGGCUCGUCAGGAAGACGCUAGGAGAUAUCAGGACAGUCAGUCCCGACGUGAUGCGCAAUUCUGCACCCAGCGGUGUCUUCUCGGGCUACAGACCGGAGAUAACCUCGAUAACAACUGUCCGAACGUAAAGCUUCACCGUCGGAACCCAGAUGAUCUUAAACACCCCAUCACCUCUAAGGACUUAGUACGUUUACUAAACGCACAACUAGACGAAAAUAUCGACCGAUGUAUACCGUUCGGACGUUGUGGGUCAUACGGUGCGCCUUUCAAACUGACUUGCAUCGUACAUGGCUACACAGUAGUCGGAAAAGGAACCACGUCGAACCUAUGGAAACAAGUCUCUAGCGAAGCACAAGUAUAUCGAAUCUUACGGAAAGCCCAAGGCUCAGCGGUACCUGUUUUCCUCGGUACAAUUGAUUUGGCCAAAAUCUAUUUUCUGCACGGGGCUGGAGAGAUUCGCCAUAUGUUAGUCAUGGGCUGGGGAGGAGAGAAUACCGCGGAGAUGAAGAUGGAGCCAUGGCUAAGCCAGGAAAUUAAGAGGUCGACGAAGGAAAUCAACGCAUUAGGCGUUUUUCAUGACGAUCUCCGAUAUGACAAUAUUCUUUGGAAUAAGGAGCUUGGACGAGCGUUGAUUAUCGACUUUCACCGCGCUACUUUGAAUACCCGCUCCCUGAAGCGAUCACGACCAGAGAAGAGGAGGUUGUCAAGACCAGAGUUGGGAGGCGCAAAGCGUUUACGUCCCUUGAAAGAGGAAGACUGA